CUAAUGCGUGACGGAAUACAGCCGGACGGAAACAGAAAAAGAACAGGAGAAGAAGAACGCCGGUUUUCAAAGGACGCUGGUUUUUGGAAGGAGAGAUGGAAGAAGUACAAGAAGCGGAUGAGAACGUUUUAGUUGGCCCCAUGCAGGGGAAAUUCUGUUAUAAAAUACAGGAUGGGAGAGUUGAUAAGAGCGUGGUCGUAUGUAAAUUGUGCAACAAGGAGUUCGCGUAUCACCGCAGCGCAUCAAGCCUGAAAUACCACCUCAAUGCCAAACAUGUAGCAGCAAGCUUGGCAGAUGGUGCGCAAGCUAACCCAACACGGACGACACACAGCCAACCCACACUACAUCAACUGAGUUUCAAGGGCAAGGUCAGCAAGACCACGGCAGAGAAAAUGACCAACGCGCUGGCUUACUGGGCGGCUCUCGACUGCAGACCCAUUGCAGUGGUAGAAGAUAAGGGGCUGGAAAAGGUACUUCAGAUUGCGUUGUCUGACACCACGUAUGAGCUGCCAUGCAGAAAAACGGUGACAAAGAGGGUCCAGCAGCUCUACGACAGUGAAAAGGGAGAGAAAGAGAAUUUGUUGGAAAAAGCAGAAUGCGUCGCUAUUACUGGGGAUCACUGGACCUCGGUCAGCGACGCAAAUUACCUCGGUGUGACGGCACACUUUAUUGACAACAAGUGGCGUCUUCACUCGUUUGCCUUAACCAUCAAGAAGAUCACCACAAGGCACUUUGCUGAAAACGUGGCAGAAGAUUUUGAGUCUGUGGCAGAGGCCUGGGAAAUCACACAGAAAGUCACCACAAUCGGAACAGACAGUGCCCGUGCCAUGACCGCUGCAAUGAGACGGCUCACAUUCCAGCACAUGCCAUGUGUUGCUCACCUGUUACAGAGGACGAUCACAGUUUGCCUUGCUGACAGCGGGUUCACAGCCACACUGGCGAGAUGUCGUAAGAUAGUCGGGCAUUUUAAACACAGCCCCUCAAACACAGAGGAACUGCACCAGGAGCAAACACAACUAGGCCAAGACAACGAGCCACUGAUGCAGGACGUUUCCACAAGAUGGAAUUCCACCCUGUUGAUGGUCUCUCGUCUGCUGAAGAACCAAGAUGCUGUGAAGGCUACGCUCGCCAAACAGAAGCACAAGCUCACCAUGUUGACUACUGCUGAGUGGGACAGACUGCAGAGGCUCGAAACCCUACUUUCACCAUGCAGAGGUGUGACAGAGCUCCUUGGGGGUGAGAAUUAUGUGUCGUGCUCAGUUGUGUUACCUGCUCUCUGCCACCUGACCCGCACCAUGGAGGCCUCAGAUGACGACCCAGCUUAUGUGGUGAAGUUCAAGGCUGCGUUUGAAAAGGAACUGUCUCAACGCGAGGAUGCCCUCAACCAUGGAUGGCUCAGGGUGGCAACAGCACUCGACCCUCGUUUUAAGGACCUAAAGUGUCUACCAAGAGGAGAGCGAGGAGAGGUGUGGACCAGCAUUGAGGCACUGGUGCAAAAACAACCAGGCAGAGCCACUCCGGAACACACAGGGGAGCCAGCAAGGAAGAGGAGCCUCCUGCUGUAUAAUUCAGAUUCUGAAUCGGAGGAUGAAGAUUGGCCCAAAGGAGCCCUGACCCGUUACAGGGCAGAGCCUACUAUCAGUGAGAGACUGCCCACUGCAGUGGUGGUCCACUCAUGAGGGAGCCCAUCCACAGCUCUCUGCCCUGGCCCGCAAGUAUCUGGGCAGCCCUGCCACUUCUGUCCCUUGCGAAAGAUUAUUCUCCCUGGCAGGUAAUAUAGCUCAAAAGAAGAGGGCAGCCUUGAGCUCCGAAAAUGUCAACAGGCUAGUUUGUCUCAGCAACUGGCUGAAAGAGAAGGAGCAGUAAUCAGUUAAAUGUAUCCUGAGGCCAGUUGGCCAGUUAUUUUUCAAAAGGAUAUUGGAAGAAUUGAGAUUGAGGUCAAUCACUGGCACUUUUUAAUGGAUCACUUUAUGUUGAACUGUUUGUCUUGGCCAAUGUUAUUCAGAGUUGGACUGAGUUUGAUUUAAUUUCUCUCUUAUUUUUUUGUAAUCAUUUCAACCGUUGAUAAAUCAACGGUGUGUUAAAGCCUCAGAGGUAACAGAGAUGUUUUCUAACGGUUUAUUUACAUUGCUCUGAAUGUACUUGAAAGAAUUGCGUUUUACAAAAAAAAAAAAGUGUUAUAGUUUACAGAAGAUCUACCUAUAAAGCUACCUGAAUUUCUGAAAUUAACUUUCCUAAAUAUGCUGAACUUUAUGGCACUUUUUUUAAUGGAUCACUUUAUGUUGAACUGUUUGUCUUGGCCAAUGUUAUUCAGAGUUGGACUGAGUUUGAUUUAAUUUCUCUGAUUUUUUUUUUUUUUGUAAUCAUUUCAACUGUUGAUAAAUCAACAGUGUGUUAAAGCCUCAGAGGCAACAGAGAUGUUUUCUAACAGGGUUUACCUUGUUCUGAAUGUACUUGAAAGUAUUGCGUUUUACCCAAAAAAAAAAAAAAACAGUUAUAGUUUACAGAAGAUCUGCCUAUACCUAUAAAGCUACCUGAAUUUCUGAAAUUAACUUUCCUAAAUAUGCUGAACUUUAUGGCAGAAUUUGCACUGGCUUGUUGAUCUUGGUUUUGAAAAAAAAAAAAAACAUUUUGUUGAUUUAAGCUUAUGUAUUGUCAUUCAAAAUCCAUGUGGAAAAAAUGUCUUUCUACCUGUUCUCAAGUCAGAUAUUUCUAUGCGAUUAAAAUGCGAUUAAUUUCGAUUAAUUUCAAAGGCUCUAAUUAAUUAGAUUAAAAUUUUUAAUCGCGUCCCACCCCUACUUUCUGUUUUAACCAUUUGAGAGAGAAAGCAUUAGGAGCUUCAUAUUGACUAGGAAUCAACUUGAAAAAAAAUUAAUUAUUCCAUAAAAAUCGUAUCGCAGCCAAGGCCUACCCUGCUCCCAUGUUUGCUUAUAAGUCCUUUGUCAUUUCUCCUUCUCGUACGCUUUAUCGGUGGCCUUUUCCUCCUCUUCAGACCGAGGUCGCUUUGUCCCCGUCGCAGGGUCUCCGCGGAUCCUUAAAAAGUCUUAAGUCUUAUUUUUAAUAUGUUUUUUUAAGGUCUUAAAAAGCAUUAUAUUUCGCUAUUUUUUGAGCUAUGGUAUUAAAUUUCACAUGGGAGGUAUUAAAUUUCAUCCGGGUAGCCUACGGUAAAUGAAGAAAAAAAAACCAUGUGUCUGCAUUUUUUUUUUCCGCGCUGACGUUAUUUAUUCAACCAGCGUCGUUUGUUAUCAAGAUGCUGAACAAGUAGCACAAGAGCCGUUGUGUGUCUAGCACUAGUUCUAAUAGCGCAGGAACCACGCCACAGGGGGCAGUGUGUUCUUUUAUCCAUGUAGUAGAACCAUUGAGAGUAGAGCAGACGAGGAAGAAGUGGCUGAACAUGAACGGAGAUGGGGAAGUGUAAGUUUCGUAACAAGUGGCUGGAGGAGCCAAAAUACAAAAGUUGGCUAACAACAGCAACUUCAGAAUAUGAAGCGAGAUGUAAGGUAUGUCGGAAAGACAUCAAGUUAACAACAAUGGGCUGUAAAGCCCUUGACGCUCACUCGAAAGGGGAAAAGCAUAUGCGCUAUGCUGCUAGUCGGGCAACAGCAGUCCCCAUGCCAAUGUUCGCCUCUACGGUCACAAAAAGUGCAACGCCAGCUUUAGCGUCUCCGGGUCCCAGCACAAGUGCUCUCAGGAGCUGAAAAGAAAGAGAGUGGCAUUGGAGGGGGUAUGUGAUAGUCUACAAAAUGAAGCGGACCAGAUGGCUGACAGCAGAAAAUUCUGGUGGAACAAAAAUGGCAACUCUAAUAACAAAAUCCAACACACUCAGACGUCGAGCCAAAGAAAAAAGGGAGGAGUUGGUUGGCCUGAAGGCUGACAUUAAGGAGAAAUCCGAUGCACUGAGGCAGUUCGAUCAGUAGUCAAACUUCCUUGUUUCCUCACUGUUUAUGUUCAUGGCAGUACUCUACUAUUAAAAUAUCGAGAAGGCAGCUAAUGUUCUGUUUUGUAAACUGAAGAUGCACUUAUUUAUUAAAAAAAAUGCUUUGAACUUAA